AUGCCGGAGUUCGAGAACGCGCUGCCGACGAUGUUCACGAACGGGAAGACGGUGGACGAUGAGAAGCACUGGCGGUCGACGCACGCGCGAAUCGCAAACGGAGCGGUGGUGCCACAGCAGCUCAUCGGUGGGACGCCGAUGAUCGAUCUUAGUGAGUUUAGUGCGAACCCAAAGGUGAAGAUCUAUGGGAAGUGCGAGUACAUGAAUCCGAGUGGGAGCAUUAAAGAUCGGAUUGCGCAGGAGAUUUUGACUCGGGCGCUGGAGACGGGCGAGUUGAAACCCGGGAUGACGGUCGUGGCGGCAACGAGUGGGAACACCGGGGCGGCGAUCGCGAUGGCGUGCGCGAUUCGUGGGUUUGAUUACAUCGUGAUCACGAAUAAGAAGACGAGUAAGGAGAAGAUUGACGCCAUGAAGGCGUACGGGGGGCAAGUCAUCGUCGCGGAGAGUGGGGUCCCGGCAGAUCAUCCGGAUCAUUAUCAGAACAUCGAGACGACGAUGUGCGCGCAGAACCCGAACUAUUACGGCGUAAAUCAGUACGAUAAUCCGUACAACGCGGAUGCGUACGAGAAGACUCUUGGUCCCGAGAUUUGGUCGCAAACCAAGGGGGCAGUGACGCACUUCAUCGCGGGCGGUUCCACAGGAGGCACCAUCACUGGUACCGGUCGCUACUUGAAGAGCGUAGAUCCAACGAUCAAAAUCAUGUUAGCUGAUCCCAAGGGUAGCGUUUUGUGGGACUAUUUCGUCAAUGACGUGCCCGAAGAGGAUCUUGUGGCGAAGAGUUGGGAAGUCGAGGGCGUCGGCAAGGACUCCAUUCCGGGUGUUUUGCAGACAGAAUACAUCGACGGUGCCGUGAAAGGUUGCGACGCGAGCUCAUUCCGAAUUUGCCGAAUGGUGGCCGAAUCUUCGGGCAUCUUGCUCGGCGGUAGCUCCGGUCUGAACCUGCACGCCGCUCGAGUGCUCUCGAGCCAGAUCAAGGAGGGUGUUAUAGUCACGGUUUUGUGCGACAGCGGUGUCAAGUAUUUGUCAAAGAUCUUCAACGACGAAUGGCUCGAAUCGAAGAAUUUGAAUCAGCCAUUGUCGGAUGUCAAGAACUUCCAAGUCGCUUGGAAAAAGGACCAGUCUGAGGCGAGUGACGACGAAGACGCAGACCACGGUCUGUGGAGUCGCGACGAUGAGGAGAAGGAGCUUCGCUUUCUAGACGAAAUCGCGACGCACAUGGUUGAGUACUACCGCAACUCCGCGCGCGCCGCCGACCCGGUCAGUACGUACAACUCUCCGCUCGCCCUUCACGAAAAGUUCAAGGAGGUGGGUAUUCCGUUGGCCAUCGGUACGGGUGAGGAGCCGGUCUCGAUGAGCUUACUCACCACCGAGGAACGCGCGGAGGAAGAGACGGAGGAAGUAGAGGAGAUCGUCGUCGAUGGCCCGCCGGGAGGGAUGAGGCGGAUGGGUGAGUUGUCGUGGGAGCUCGGGGCGGCGGGUGAGGAGGAGGAGGAGGAAGAGCAGGGGCAGGAGGGCGAGGAAAUCUCUCGAGAGGAGGUGCUGGCGCUCUCGGUGGAGCUCAUCGAAUCCAUCGCUUCCGGGAAGGAACCGCUCGAUGCGGCGCGUCUUGGGAGCUUGCUUUGGACUUUGAGCAACGCGCUGUUGGAGGAUUUGACGGACAGGGACGAUUUACGCGUUCCGGGGAACUCGCUCGAGACGUUUCCGGUGGAGCUGGUGCGAAACGUCAUGGGCGCCGUCGAAACCCUGGUCGUUGCGCUGACGUUCGAGCCGGAAGAUGCGGUGACGCAACGAAGUGGGCACGCAAUUCCGGCCAUCGGCACACAUCGCGUCGCUGCGGCGGAGAUCAUCGCCGUGCUCUUGCAAAUCGGGUGCCAAGACAUUGACGAGCGCAUCGCAAAGCUCAAGCUGCCGAACGACGGUCAGUUCGUCCUCGUGUCGCUCGUACGCAUGUUUUUCAAGUAUUCUUGGAGUUCGGCGCUGCACGCGACCGUGGUGAGACUGAUCUUGGCCGCGCUGGUGAGCCCACACGAGCCGCUCUGGGCACCCAUGUUUGAGGGCGGGGACGAGAGUCUUCAGGGCUCUCUGGCAGCGUCCAUGAAGACGGCGCUCGCGACGAAGCCCAUCUCCACGAGAGACGGUAACGUCGGGAGCGUGAUUAUUCUCGCCAACGCUCUGCACGAGCUCGAAACUUGCGAUGACGUCGAGCGCCAGAGCGUGCGGACGACGUUGCAGGAGGAUGCAACGUGGCGAGCCGCCAUUGACGGUGAGGAUAGCCCGUUGGCGAACCUCAACAACGAACAGGCUGGCGGACUUUGUGGACCAAAGCCGCAGAAGUCGCCUGUUUUCAUGGACUCCGGCAUGGGCGCCAACGUCAUCAGCAGCCAAGAGCUGCUCAGGAUGUUGCAGCACAUCUCGCUUGGUCAAUGA